UGCCCAGAGAGUUGAACCCUACUCAGCCUCAUAUGGGUACUGAGUGGGGGCCAGGAUUCAGGUCCAGCCAGUUUCACAGCAGAGCCUGUGCUCUUGGCCAUGAUGAUAAUGGCACUUUCCCACCCAGUCCUUUUUUUUUUUUUUUUUUUUUUUACAAAUUUCUUUAUUUUGGGUGCUGCAUUCUCUGCCUUUUAUAGUUAAGAAUGUUUUCACAGGUCUGGUGGGAGGUUUUCAUGUCUUGCAUUCAUGAAUGCAGUCAGUGUUUGCCUGUAAAUAGGGAGGGUCAAUUCUCCUGGGCCCCUCUGCUGUGCACCUCAUUGCCCAUAGAAUGCUCCUCUUGGAUCUUGCACCAGAGCACUGGAUGAUGAAGCAAAGGCUUGCAGAGACCUGUGAGUCUGGGGGAGGAAACCAAGACUCCAGGGUGGAGUGAUUGGGUGUAUGUUUCACCUGCAGCCGAGUGAGAUGCAGAAGUCCUCCAGUGCUUUGGAGGUUCACAAGAAAUACGGUAACUUGACUGGCACCACAUUAGAGGAGGCCCAGAAGAUUAACAAUGGCUCAAGCCAGGCGGAUGGCACUCUCAAACCAGUGGAUGAAAAAGAGGAGGCAGUGGCCGCCGAGGUCGGCUGGAUGACCUCCGUGAAGGACUGGGCGGGGGUGAUGAUAUCCGCCCAGACACUGACUGGCAGAGUCCUGGUUGUCUUAGUCUUUGCUCUCAGCAUCGGUGCACUUGUAAUAUACUUCAUAGAUUCGUCAAAGUGAGUAUUCAAAUAUACUUUCUUGCCCUUGUUUCAUAAACAAUCAUAAGCCUUUACGUUGAUCCAUUUAUUUACCUUAACACCAACCUUUGCCAGACCUUCUGAGUGCAGAAGAUUUUGGAGGAAGCUAGGGCUGCACUGUACUGAUUUUCUAAACGGGAAAGAAAGUUCUGAGAAGGAAGGCUACUUUAAGUCUGCUGGCAUAGGAGGGUGAGGUAUCUGAGGUCGGGUCUUCUUGCUGGGUAUUACUUAUUUUUAAAGAGCUGUUUCUUGAUGAUGUAUUUGCACUGAAGAUGUCAAGUGGUUAAGAUGACUUGAUGGGAAUUUGCAACUUCUGGGAGGGUAACAGUUUCCCAUACAUGAGGGUCCGAGCCAUUCUUGCCAUGGUUAUAGGAUCCUUUUCUCAAUUGGGUUUCGAAUGUUUUGAUCUUACUGGAGGUCAGCUUAGAAAUCAUGGUGCUAUCCUUUCGCCUGCCAACCGGGUAUUCAGCUGAAGCAUUGCACGCUGGUGCUUCUUGACUUGUGAAGGUAAGGAGAUGGAUGGAGGAGUUCAUGAUGACCCCCAGAGGUGGAGGCCCGUGGCCAUUUGAGGACUUCUAGAGUGGACACUCAUGCAGACUCCUUGGGUGCCAGCUGAAUGGACUGGUGCUCCAGGGUGAGCCUGGGUGACAGACGAUAAAGACCUUGCAGAAGGAUGAAGAGGGCACAGACUAGAACUGCAACGUUGCAGCCAGUUCUGCCCUGAUUCCUGUAGGUGCCAAUCCUGAGGAAAUAAUUUGUUCCAACUAUACUAUUGCAAUCAUGAAGUUGACAGCGUCAGGGAAACGAGCUGGAGUCUAACUCAUUUUCUGUUGUGGCGUGAACUUGGCCACUCUGAUGACAGUGGCCUUGAGCUUGUUGUCCUUGUUGUCCACUGUGUGAGUGUUUUGAAAUUUAACUCUAUCUCUGGUAUGGUUGGCUACUAGACUUUGAUACUAGGAAACCUCCCUGGUGUGCCUAUUGGCUCAGACUCUGAUGUGCCUGAAUUCUGAGCUUAGUGCUCCUUUCCUGUGGCUUGGGAUGGUGGUAAUUUCAUGCACAGCUAAACUCAGAAUUUCUCAGAGCCAUCUGGUCACCAGCCAGAUGCAUUUGGAUGCAGAGGUCAAAAUGUCAGUCAGGGAAGAUAAAGAAAAUAUCUCCUUUAAUAACCUGUCUCUGGGAAUCAGCCAAGUCUAAGCCUAUCAGAGGGCCUUCAGCCCAUCCCCACGUGCGAGGCUGGGCUGCCCUCACCCAUCUCAGAUGGAAAGUCCUUUAAACGCUGUCGGGAGACAAGAUUCCACAUGCUCCCUCCAUCAACUCUCCCAAGCCAAGAAAGAGAAGAGCUUAUUUAAGUUUGGAAGACUCCCAUUGGCAUGUCAUUGAAGGUAAGCCCCCUUUUUAAUAUUUACUCUUAAUGAUUCUGGACCCUAUUUGUAUUGAACUGAACAUCCUCUAAAGCCCCUGGUCUUAUUUCUCCAAUCUCUCUCCAGGGGUGUUCUCACGUGUCGUGGGGUGUAGACCCUGCCAACUUCCAUGCUGAGACUCAGGAAAGAGGUUUGGGCUUGUAGCUUGUGUGCCCCAGAGAGAGAAAACCCUCAUGUGGAGGUGAGUGUGUUGAUGGGUUAGAGGCCCAGAUGCCUCAGCCAGCGCCUUCCUUCCCUUUUCGUUUUUUUUUUUUUUAUUUUUUUAACCUUUUGUCCCUCUGUAUUUCUCAGAAAUAAAAUGCUCUUUAGAUG